AUGGCCACGCGGGGCAAGGCGGAGGGCGAGCUCGUACUGCCGCAGCGCACCGGCGUAGUCGCGCGACUGGAACAGGCGGUUGCCUUCCUCCUUGAGCUCGUGCGCGUGGAGAAGGAGCACUCCGGGCUCCACUCGGGUUGGGAGUGGAUGAGCCGGAUUCAUGGCUUCGGGGUGAGGCCGGCGGAGUCGAGGGAGUGGCGGGGGAAAUCGUCGUGGUCGUGGAAGGAGGACGACGACGACGAAGAGAUGGAGAAGCGGGAGGAGGCAAGGGAGAGGGACGCCUUGGAAUCGGAGUUGUCGCGGAGGAGCGGCGCCACAGAGAGGUCCGACGCGCAGCCGCUGUUCCGCUGGAGGAGGAGGAGCUUAAGGGACCUGGCCGCCGACGAGCUAGACGCCCUCGACGGGGUCGUCGGCACCGGCGAAGGGGACCGUGGAGGCGACGACGACGGGCCCUUCUCCUGCAGCAUGCCCUUCAUGCCGCACUCGUGCUGCUACUGCCCUGCGCCGUGGUGCCCGCCGUACUGCCCGCGCUCCGCCAUUGCUCCUUCCUUUCCUCCUUGCUUUGCUGCAUCGGCCGCCGGUAGAGUGGAGUGGAGUGAGUUGAGGUGGAGAGGAGAUCGAGGCCACGGGUGCAUAUAUAGGAGGAAGAAGCGGUGA